UUCUCUCGGUGGGACAGAGGGGCUGAGCGACGGACGGACGACAGCCCAUCAGCAGAAAAAACACCAUGUGAAGAGACGCUAUAAAGAAAGGGACAAGGAAAGAAGACUUGAGAACUUAUUUGUCUCUCCACCACCGGGUCAGCGUUUCCAAAGGCUCGGCAGAGAGCGAAUGGAUAGAGCGGGAGAGGAGCAGUCUUACCCACGGUACGUCCCGGACAUUGUGUCUGUCUGUCAACGCUGGGGGUGGAGGAGGACUCACCGGGGAACACUUUAAAUAGAGCCCUGAUCCACAUCGUCCUCUUCCUCUCCUCAGGUAGCAGACACGGAUACCAUGCCGACGAGCGAUGGCCCCAGCCGCUUCCCGGUCUUUGUGGCCCCGCCCAAUGGAAACCACCCGAGGCCCCCGGGUUAUGUCCCCGGUCGGGUGGCUCCAGUGCGCUCGCCACAUCCUGCCAAAGCUCCCCCACCUCCACCGAUGAAACCUCUCGGCCCCCCGCCAGAGCGACGAGCCACGUUCAACCUGUCAGAGGAGAACCAGCGCAGGGAGCGUGACCAGAACCUCCAGAAGAAAAAAAACAGCUUAAUCUGCUUCGGAGUGUCCAUCGGGGCUUUCUUCCUCACCCUCAUCCUUGUUCUCAGUCUCUCAAGUGGAGACAUUUUAGAUGAAAACUGUCCGGACCACGACCUGUCCCUCAGCAGCUGGAGCCCAGGCCACCAACCAGAGAAGGCUGUUAUCGUCAGGAGUGGACAUCUGUUUAGGCUGGAGUCUUCUGCCACCUUCCAUUCUAUAACCAUCCAGUCAGGAGGUAAGGUCGUUUUUGCAGACAACGCUGACGGCUCCAAAAACAUCACCCUGAGGACCCGCCACAUCCUCAUAGAAGACGGUGGAGCCCUUCACAUCGGGGCUCCCAAAUGUCGCUACCGUUCCAACGCCACAGUUGCCCUGGUGGGUCGCUCCGACGACAAGGCGGUCGCUGCAGUGCCCGGCAUGGGCCGCAAGUUCAUAGGUGUGAUGGGCGGUGGGACUCUGGAGCUUCACGGUGCUGAGAGGGUGUCCUGGUCACUGCUGACCCGAAGUGUCCCGGCCUCCGGUCUGAACACGGGGGGUUACUCCUUCCUGCGAAACUUCAGCAGAGGCAUCAACCUGCGCGUGGUGGACCAGGACACGGCUGCUGUGCUGCUGUGCGAACGCUACGACACGCACGACUCCCGAAAUGACAGCCGGCGGCUCACCCAGCUGCUGCGGACCCUCCCCGAGGGCCGCAUCGUCACGCUGGCUGUGGGAGACUCGGCUGUCAAAAGUCUUCUGGACGAAACUAAGAAGGCCAUUGAAGAAAAGCUCGGCAGCAGCUUCGUCUAUGAUCUCAAAUACAGGCAGGCGUGGGCUCUGGUCUCGGUGGUGGGUGGAGGAAACGCUUCAUGCGCAGAGGACGUCAAGGAACAUGAAAACCACAACACAGGAGGAAGAGCUCUGGCAAGGCGCAACUUCACCACCGUCGAUGGAGUUGACUUCUCCGUCACCGCCUACAGCGAGUGGAAGACCGGCUUCCCCAUCACAGGCUUCCAGGUGGAUGCUAUGGACCAGGUGCUGCUGAACCUGCAGGAUGAAGUGCAGCAGACCUGGCAACCCGGGGAUCAGAUUGUAGUUGCCAGCACAGACUACUCCAUGCAUCAGGCGGAAGAGUUUACCUUGUUGCCCUGCUCCCACUGCAGCAGCAGGCAGGUCAGGAUACAAGGGAAGCCUCUGUACAACCACGUUGGAGAGAUCUUAGACGGGGUGGACAUGCGAGCCGAAGUGGGUUUGCUCUCCAGAAACAUUCUCAUCUACGGGGAAAUGGAAAACUCGUGCUACGGAAACAACGCGUGCCAGUUCUUCAGCCACGACACCUACGGAGGCCAUAUAAAGAUCUUGGGUAACUUCUCAUCCGUGCAUCUGUCCCACGUGGAGCUGAAGAACAUGGGCCAGCAGGGCGAGAUAGGCAGCUACCCGCUCCACUUCCACAUGUGCGGGGAUGUGGACCAGAGGGGGGGCUACCGGGAGCCCACCUACGUCGACGGACUCUCCAUACAUCACUCCUUCUCCCGCUGCGUCACCAUCCACGCCACCAACGGUCUGCUGGUGAAGGACACUGUGGGCUAUGACACCCUGGGUCACUGUUUCUUCCUGGAGGAUGGGAUCGAGCAGCGUAACACCUUCUUCCACAACCUGGGCCUGCUGACCCGCCCCGGGACUCUACUGCCCACCGACCGCAACGAGACCAUGUGCACCAGCAUCAAGGACAAAGUCUACAAGGGCUACACCCCCUCACCCAGCACAGAGUGCAAGGCAGUUUCCACAUUCUGGAUCGCCAACCCCAACAACAAUCUCAUCAGCAACGCAGCUGCUGGUUCUCAGGAUGCUGGCAUAUGGUUCGUGUUCCACAGCUCUUCCACCGGAGACUCUCAUGGGCUGGUACCAGAGACCAAGGCAGAGCUCACACCCCUGGGGAUUUUUUACAACAACCGCGUACACUCCAACUUUAAGGCAGGGCUGUUCAUCGAUAAAGGAGUGAAGACCAGCAAUGCCAGCGCUGCGGACCCCCGGGAAUACCUGUGUCUAGAUAACAGUGCCAGAUUCCGACCGCACCAGGAUGCUGACCCUAACCGCCCCCGGGUUGCAGCAGUGAUUGACACUCUGAUCUCCUACAAGAACAACGAUUUAGGAGCGUGGAUACGGGGAGGGGACAUCGUCAUCCAGGACUCUGGAUUUGCAGACAAUGGAGUGGGAUUGGCUUUUGCCAGUGAUGGCAGCUACCCUAAGGAUGAAGGCUCCAGCCAGGAAGUGACACGGUCCUUGUUUGUGGGUGAAAGUCGAAACAGAGGAACCAACGGAGGACAGAAUAAAUACUGGGGCUUAGGAGGGGUUGAUGCAAAGAUGAGGACACUGCCUAGAAACAGGACAUUCCCAAUCCGAGGUUUCCAGAUCUACGAUGGUCCGGUGCGACUUACCCACAGUACAUUUCGUGGAUACAUCCCCACACCGGAGCGUUAUACCAGCGCAGUGGGAUUCAACCUGAAGAACACCUGGCAGCUCACCCCACGAAACAAUCUGUCCCAGCUCAGCUUCCACCCCACUGUGGGUCUGCAGACGUUCUUCGGCCGCCCGGGGCAGUGGUUUGAAGAGAACGACCUGGACGGGGACAAAAACUCCAUCUUUCACGACGUGGACGGCUCCGUGACGGGCUACACCGACACCUACGCCGGCCGAGCAGACAAUUACCUGAUCCAACAUCCUGGCUGUGUGAACGUGCCUCAGUGGAGCGGAGUGAUCUGCAGCGGACGCUACUCUCAGGUGUACAUCCAGACCCAGGGAUCCCCUAACCUGAUCCUAUCCAUCAGCAGAGAUGAAUACCCAGCUGCCCCUCUGGUUCUGAGGGGGAUCAACAGCCAGGGGGCGCUGUCUCAGCAGUACCAGCCCAUCCUGAUGAUGAGCAAGAGCUACAGCCUGCACUGGAGCGGACCUGCACCCAGAGAGGUGGUGCUGUCGCUCAUCAACUUCGACAAAGAUGACUGGGCGUUGGUGGGACUCUGUUACCCAUCAGACACCACGUUUCAGAUUAUGGCCGACAUCAACGACAGGCAGAGCAACACCUUCGAUGACCUCACAGACUACGGCACCGUGUCAUCCUUAGCAGAGCUGGAGAGCAGGCCGAUGGAGAGGAAGUACUACUUUGACCGAACUGUUGGCUUGUUGUGGUUCUUCCUUCGGGCUCGGCACGGUCGUGAAGGUCACAGCUACUGUUCAUCAAAAGGCUGCGAAAGAGUGAAGGUCAUGGCCACCACGUCCUCCAAACAGACCUGUAACUGCACAGCCAAAGCCUACCCCAAGUACUCCAAGACCCCCUCAGUAGUGGUGCCUAUGCCGUCUCUCAAUACACAACCCUGUAAAGGCUGCGGUGCUAAAAAGCUUGUGUUUUCCAGUGAGCCAUGGACCUUCUACCUCCAGACACAAGUCAAGUCUCUCAGCAGCAAAGAGCAGCAGAAAGGAGAUAACAGCUCCUAUAUCACUGUGAAUGAGGUCACGAUGCCCUUCUCUCAGCCUGGAUAUUUCCUGGUCUCAGUGGACGCCUGCUCGGGGAAAGUCACCAAGAAAACCUCAUUUGCAAAGAUGGACGCCAAGAUGGAACAGUACCUAAAAACUGGAAUACCAAAGAGGUCUAUCGUACUUAUGGCGACACGAGGUCAACCAGAAGGCCUCGUUAGUGUGGCACCACAUCUGGUCUCCUUUGGAAUGGCCAAAGCUGCUGAUCUGCACAGUAAAGAGAGUCUGGCUCUUUGGGGGUUCCAGGGGGGUUCUCCGCCCCCUCCGUGGGUCUGGCUGCAGGCCGGGCAGGGCGACGAGGUCCUGGGUCUGCAGGAGAGAUACCUGCCUCUGGGUCUGGAGGCUCACGGCUGCACCCCCCCUGCGGCUCAAACACGCAAAGACCUGGAGCUUCUCAAAAAAGCCACGGGACAACAAUGACCAAUGUGAACUACACAACUUAACUACCCAGAACUUGCACACAGAUACACACACAACCAGCUGAUGAAUGUGAACUGCUGAACCUUUAAUUUAUUUAACAAUGGCAAAUAUGUUUACUGAUUCCAUGUGGAGAGAAGGUAUUUUAUAAUGACUGGGUGAGUAUUUUUGUGAUUUUGUGUGUGUGUUUGUAUGUAUGCCUUGGGGCCGUUGAGUCAAUGCACUUUUCCUUUUAAAGACACAACUUGCCUUAUCAGCCAAAGUGAUCACAUGGAGCUUUAUAAUAACUCAGCUGUUUAUGUUGGAACAGAAAAGAAAAGAAACCCAAAGCAACCUUUAACAUUUACAAACCGAUCCAAUUAUUUAUAAUGCACUAAAUGAAUAUCGAGUAAAUUGGAUUUAAUCUAAAAACAGAACACAAUGCAUUAGAUCAGGGGUGUCAAACUCAUUUUCAUCUCGGGCCACAUUCGCAUUAUGGUUGCACUCAAAGGGCCGGUUGUAACUUUAAGACUAUAUAAAACUACAUAUAUAAAUAUUUAAUAUAUAUAAAAUAAUGUAUUAUAUUACAUGAUUGCCUCUGCAUUGGAUUAUUAUCAGAUAGGGUAAUAACUUCAUAAUUAACUCGGUCUGAAAGCAGAAGUCUGGGGCAAAUAAUUGCAAAUCUCUUCAGUGAGAACGUCACAAAAUGAUUUAAAAAGAAAAGCAAAAUAAAAAGUGACAUUUUGAAAAAAAAGUCAAAUCUGAGAAAAAAGUCAAAUUUGAGAUGCAUUGUGGGACAUGUAGUUUAUGGGCAACGUGCUUCUGUAAAUCGCCAUGUAACCGUAUAACAAACAUAAUAUAUUCUUUGCACGCUCUUGUGGGGCCACAGAAAAUGAAGUCGCGGGCCGGAUUUGGCCCCCGGGCCUUGAGUUUGACACCCCUGCAUUAGAUACACACAAGCCAGGAGGAAGUUAUGAAAAUAAAUGGCAUUGUCCCUGAAAUGAGACCGUGUUCGAUUGGAACAGAAAAUUAAACAAGAUGGAUGAGAGGAGCUCAGGUCAAAGGGAAGUAAUGAAAGAACACGCCAUUGGGAAUCAAGCAUCAAUAUUAAGCCAAAAAUGAACAUGUUAGACACCUAGAUUCUUUAAAACUUAGUCAAAACAAGCCAUAUUGAUGACUAGAUUGUUAAUGCGUAUAUAGACAUUUGACUUAUAUAGACUUGACAUACACAAAUGUUAUUAACCCUUAGAUGAGGUGGUUUUCUUGAAGUAUCUUUGUAAUUACAUUUUAAGAAAUUGUAGUUUUUGUAUUUCUACCCCAAGCUUCCAUAAGUGGGUCAAAAAUGACCAGCGUGCAUUUUCUAUGGCAUCCUAUGGGAACCUUUGAUUAUUAUCACCUGUUGCUGUCAGGAAUAGGUUAGGUGGGGGGUAUAGGACUAUCAAACUUGAUCAACCGGCAUGGAUUGAUGGGGGGUGGGCUAUGAGUAGACAAGAGGAGAAGAGAUGAGUUUUGAAAAGGGACUGGAAUACUGUGAGGGUCUGAGAAUAGCGGAGAUCUUUGCAUCGAUAUGUUCAAAAUGUCAAAAAAAAUCUAAAAUUCUAAAUAGUGAAAAAUUAAAUAUUAAAUAUUUCUAGUGUGAACCAAAAUAUAAUACUAAAUAUUAUAAAAGUGAUUUUUCUUAACCAAAAUGACAAAAAUGGCAUAAAAACACAUAUUAUGAGUCCUUUUUGACCCACUUAUGGAAGAGUGUAGGGUCCAGUCACUCGUGCAUCUAAGGGUUAAUAGAUAGGUAUUAUAAUGUACGCCAUUGCUGUCUUUCCACUUAUCCUCACACACGUCGUUUGAGUUGAUUUCUGAACUGAAUCUUUAACUGGAAAACCUCCUGAUCAUCGUGCAGCUGUACAACUGAAGACUUUAAGCACCUUUUUUUAACGGAUUCCUACGUGGACUUACUGGAACUUUGAUCUCAUACUUUUAUUUAUCUCUUCACAGCGAUGGUGUCUCAAGUGCUGGCCACAUGUGCAGCACAAAUACACCUAUAUAUACAUUCUUUUAAUGUUGUUGUUUUUCAAACGGAAUUGAAUGUUUUACCUUUUAAUCUGCCUCAUACAUGAUCUCUUUUAUGUGCAUUAUUGCCAAUGAUGUGUUUAGUUAUAUUACAGGGUGACGGUUGGCAUCCUGACUGUACAGUAGUGAGCGACACAAUGCAUACAGAUCAUUUACCAGCUGUACAGUAAAAGGCUUUAAGUCGAGGCCUACAGUAUGUCAUCUUUAAAGGGUGUACGGAUGUGAGCAGGGCUCCCCCACUGAGCAAUGGUGUGUGUGUGUGUGUGUGUGUGUGUGUGUGUGUGUGUGUGUGUGUGUGUGUGUGUGUGUGUGUGUGUGUGUGUGUGUGUGUGUGUGUGUGUGUGUGUGUGUGUGUGUGUGUGUGUGUGUGUGUGUGUGUGUGUGUGUGACUGAUCAUGUGAGACAGAGAGAUUCUCUGGAUGACAAUGACCUUGCCUUUUAACCACUCUACUGUUAAAGAGAGCAAUAGAAAGAGAGAGAAAACGUUUCCAGCCUUUUGUUCAACUGUUGCUUUGAAGAUGCACAACCAGAGAGUUCUUAUUGUUUCUUUCUUUGUAAAUAUGGUGUUUAAUGUUGUAACUAAAACUGUAAUAGAAAUGUCCAACAGGUUGUCAAUAGUGUUUAUUUUCUUUGUGUUUGUCAUUUGAAAUAUGUAAGCUGUUUCUUUCAACGUGGAAACUCAGCAUUUGUUAUGAAACUGCCAAUUAAAUAAACUUUGUGAUAAAA